AUGGAAAGGAGGGCUUGCAGCAAGAGGCCAUGGUGGAUUGUAUCUGAGAACUUUUACCUUCCAUUAGUAUUUUACAUGGAAGAAGACCAGGAGGAGUGCAUCUUUGGUAGGCCACCUUGAUGCAUAGAGGUGCACAGUCAUACCUUUAUUCAGCUGCAGAGAUGGUUCACAGCCACAGGCCAGACCCGAGUCAUUGUAGUUGGACUGCCAGAGGCAAGGCGGAAGGGCACUGUCUUCACAGGCCUUGAGAUGCUGCAGCUAGUCUGGAGCCAGCCCCUGACCAAGGAGGACCUGGCCACCACCCCCAGCAUGCAGCUGUUUGCCAGGGCUGCCUGCCUGCCAGGCUUCUCCUCUAGCAGCCUGUAUCUCAACCGUGAGGGACUGCAGGUGAGAGAAGCCGGUACCCUGGACUACGGAGAAGUGGUGGAAGUGCUAGGAAGUGGUUGA